AUGAUUGAUGAAAGCACAACGUUGAACGAGCCAAAGCUUAAGGGAAUGUAUAACUAUGUGCACAUCGACGAGAAAUGGUUUCACAUGAAAAAGAAUGAGCAAACGUAUUACCUGCUCGACAAUGAAGAAGAUCCUCACCGUUCAUGCCAAAGUAAAAAUAACAUUGAAAAAGUCAUGUUUCUAGCAGCCACGACUCGUCCUAGAUUUGAUGGUGAAGGAAGAGUAGUAUUUUCAGGCAAAGUUGGAUAUUGGGCAUUUGUGACAGAGCAACCAGCUCCAAGAAAUAGCAGGAACAUGCGAGCUGGCACGAUGGAGAUGAAGGUGGUCACAUCUGUUAAAAGAAAGAAUGUGAAAGCAUUCUUUAUUGAAAAGUCAAAACGGGGCUCGAUUGGUGCAACUGGGGACUGCUGGCACGGGCCUGGGCACGGCUGGAUGCUACGACGCGACAUGAGAACUAUUGGGCGCGGCCUGGGCACUUCUGGGGCGCGGGGCUGGGCUGCUGGCAGUGCCCCGGGCAGAUAG